AUGGCACCCAUAGAAUCGAAAACCACGGUGGCCGUCUCAGAUGAGGAGGAAUCAGUUGGACAGUUGGAUCAAGGACUUCCUGCUUGGACGGUCGUCUUUGGAGCAUGGUGCUGUCUGUUUUGCGCUUUUGGCUGGGUGAAUGCCAUUGGCAUUUUUCAAGAGCACUACCAGAAUAAUCAAUUACAGUCUUAUUCAGCGUCCAGCAUCUCCUGGAUUUUAUCUUUGGAGCCAUUUGUACUCUUUGCGACUGGAAUUGUCAUUGGAAGAGUAUUCGAUAAUUAUGGCCCAAAAUGGCUUCUUCUUAUUGGAACAUGUCUUCACGUCUUUGGUAUUAUGAUGAUCUCCAUAUCGACGGAUCCUCUUGGUGCAAGCUUUGUCUUUUUGUCCGCACUCUCCUGUACCGCGACAUGGUUCGAGAAACGACGUGCCUUGGCCUUUGGAAUAGUUUCCAGCGGCUCAUCACUGGGUGGCGUUGUAUUCCCAAGCAUGUUAUCUCGACUCUUGCCUAGUAUUGGGUUCGGAUGGUCACUGCGUAUCUCUGGAUUCAUCAUCCUCACACUCCUGGUCAUUGCCAACUUGACCGUCCGAUCGAGAAUAAGGAAUGUUCCACGGCCAGUGAAACUGAAUGAUUAUACGAGUCCGUUUUCCGAGGUACCGUUUGUCUUGCUUGUGCUGGCAUCCUGCUGUGGAUUCUUCGCCAUGUUCGUGCCAAUCAGUUACAUUGUCGUCGAAGCUCAGGAGGACGGAGUCAACGGCGACCUAGCCGGGUACUUGUCAACUAUACUUAAUGCUGCCAGUCUCCCUGGUCGAAUCCUACCAGGCUACCUAGGAGACAAACUGGGCCGAUUCAACGUCAUGAUUGCCAUGUGCUCCUUGUCCGCCAUCGUGAUCCUAGCCUUAUGGCUUCCAGGUACCCUUCUUGCCCCAGGCAGUGCGGCCAUCUAUAUUGUAUUUAGCAUGCUAUAUGGAUUUGCAUCGGGUGCAUUUGUCGGCAUGGUACCGGCCCUGCUGGGCCAGAUCUCGCCCGACGUGACCAAGAUUGGUGUUCGUCAGGGCGUUUUAUUUACUUGCAUCAGUAUUGCAUCGCUCACAGGAAGUCCCAUUGCUGGAGCAAUCUUGAGUCGACAAAACGGGACGUAUUGGGGGUUACAGGUCUUUUCGGGUGCAAUGAUGGUGGCAAGUGUAUUCUUCUUCAUUGCGGCAAGAGCGAUACUUGCAGGACUGUCUAUCGCAAAAAGGGUUUAA